AUGACUACUACAACUCUGUCCGAGGCCUUGUCAGCUGCUCGACAAUCCUAUGCGUCCAAGAAUCCCAACUCUCUCAAAGCAUAUGAACGGGCUACGGAGUCAUUACCGGGCGGAGGAACCAGAUCGUCAAUAUUCAUUCAUCCUUUUCCGCUGUUUAUCGAACGUGGAGAAGGGAGUGAGAUUAUCGAUGUGGACGGUCAUAGGUACUUGGAUUUUGUAUCUGAUUUCACGAGUGGGAUAUACGGCAAGACCAACCCUGUGUUGAAGAAAGCUAUAAUUGAAGGUUUAGAUAAUGGAUUACAGCUAGGAGCUCAUACUCUACCUGAAUCCUCACUCUCUUCCAUCCUUUGCUCCCGAUUCCCAUCCAUGGACUUGGUCCGAUUCGCAAAUUCGGGAACUGAAGCGAACAUCCUGGCAAUCUCGACGGGGUUACAUUAUACUGGACGAAAGAAGGUGGUCGUGUUUGAAGGAGGGUAUCAUGGAAGUGUAUUAUCGCAUUUUGGAGAAGAUGUAGGAGAUCUCAAAGUACCUUAUGAUUUCAUCGUUUGUCCAUAUAAUGAUAUCACCGGAACAGAAUUGAUGAUACGGAAGUAUGCUGAAGAGAUUGGGGUGAUCAUUGUUGAACCUAUGAUAGGUGCAGGAGGAUGUAUCCCAGGCGAUCCAGAAUUCUUACAAUCCCUUCGAGAUCUAUCGACGGAAAUAGGAGCAGUAUUGAUCUUUGAUGAAGUGCAAACUGCAAGACUGUCUACAGGAGGUAGGCAGAAUAUAUUAGGGAUCACCCCAGAUAUGACCACUCUAGGGAAGUUUUUCGGAGGUGGAUUUGCAUUUGGUGCUUUUGGAGGUAAAAAGGAAAUUAUGAAUUUGUUCGAUGCUAGACAACCCAAUUCCAUCUCUCAUGGAGGAACGUUCAAUAAUUCACCUCUGACGAUGAUAGCUGGUUUGACGGCUGUUCGACAUAUCCUCACUGAAGAGAAUCUACGUAAACUGAAUGAAUUGGGUGAUAGUUUGAGAAAGAAUCUGAAUAAGGUAUUUGAUGAUGAGAAAUUACCGUUCAAAAUGACAGGUCUAGGAUCCAUCAACCAACUUCACUAUACCUCUCCCACUCAGAAACGAGAAGGUCUAGAUCUGUUCUUCUUUCACUUGUUAGAUAGAGGAUAUUGGAUUGCUCAAAGAGGUUUGGUAUCUCUGAAUUUCGCAAUGACCGAAAACGAAGUAAAAGGGUUCAACGAUGCUGUGGUCGAGGCUGCUAGAGGAGUGAAGAAUAGUUUAUAG